AUGGCCGGAGCUACGCAAGCGCCUGGUGAUCAAACUCAGGUGGAUGGUCGCGUCACCAAUCAAGGGUCGACAAACCCAUACGAAACAAACCCCGAGCUCCUCCCCAACGAUGACCUAUUCCUCGCCCGGAGUGUGCAUUAUGGCCGCUACGCGCCUCGCGAAUCUGACUUCAAACCUCGAUACAACCAGUGGUGCGAACCGGAUCCAGAGGUCACUUCAUAUUGGGAAGGCAUUGUGAAAGAGCUCUGUACGGCAGAGAAUUCUCUGAAUGUCUCGGGGAACCGGGAGGUCUUCGCUGCUGGCAGCGUUGUCAUUCGCGUUGAUCGUGAACCUUCAACUGGCGCCGCUGCUGAAAAGUACUCGUGUGCCAACGCCAAUGAACUGAGUGCCGCAAGGAAGGCUGAGGAUACGCUCAAGGAGAUGUCCAUCACUGUGCCGGUCAUAUUCUUUUGCGGGACAAUAGAUGGGAAAAAUGUCACUGUGGAAUCUAGAAUCCCUGGAGUUACUCUCGAGGUAGCCUGGAGAUACCUCACAGCUGAGCAGAUUGACAUGUUCAAGCAGCAGUGCCGUCGCAUAUCGCAGCGCCUUGGCGGGAUAGAUGCACCCCCCGACCGUCCUUCGUACGUUUGCAGUGGACUCAACUCACAAGCGUCACCCGAUGCCCUGGAACCAGAGAAGAAUAUACUGUUUCGUGAAAGGAAGGAGGACGAACAUAUCUGUUUGGUCCACAACAACCUGGUACCGUCGAACGUUGUUAUCAGCGAUGAUAAGGUGAUCGGGAUAACUGGUUGGCGACAGAGCGGGUACUUUGGCUUUGAAAGGGCAGAUGAGAUACAUCGACGCUUUAGGAUACUGGUGGCAUCUGCCAUACAUGGAGACAAAUCUACUAAUCUGCGAGCGUGGUCUGACCUCUAUGAAGGACUUGAUGCCGCAGGAGUAGUUAGAUCCGCGAGCAAGCAAGACACACCAAUCCCUCUUGUCAAGACCGAACCCCUCAACACGAAUUUGGAUAAAGUUCCCCUUAACGAAGAGUCGGAAUCCAAGCCACCGGUUUCUUCACUUGACGGCCCGACUGCGGACCACCUCACUCCAAAAAACAUUGCGAGUCUCAAGAAUAGGGGAUCCUCAAGAGCGUCGUCUUCUGACCGCUCCUCGCCAGCCACAUCUACGAAACCUGGCCCGGCCCGGAAGUCUGCUACUGCUGCAACCAAGAAAGGGACUGGGCGAAAGUCAACGACCAAAAAGAGGAAAGCCAACGAAUUGGACAGCGAUAUUGUUGAUGGCGGUCGCUCCAACACUCCGUCUUCGAUUCGUGCUGGCAAGCCCGCAACCAAAAAGCGGAAUUCCACCUCGCACACCAACUCACCCGCCCCAGAUAGUAGAAGGAAAGGCAGCAAGAACGUUGAGCAAGAUGAUAUAGAAGAAGAGGAAGAAGAUGACUCUGAUGAUAACGAUGAAAUAUUUUGCAUCUGCCGCAAACCUGACAAUCAUACGUGGAUGAUUGGAUGCGAUGGUGGAUGUGAGGAUUGGUUUCACGGGAAAUGCGUCAACAUCGAUCCGAGAGAUGCAGACCUCAUUGACAAGUACAUCUGCCCGAAUUGCAAGGAGCAAGGCAAAGGAUGGACUACAUGGAAACCUAUGUGCCGGCUAAAAGAAUGCCGCAAGCCCGCCCGAGUCAACCAGAAAAUCCCCAGCAAAUACUGUUCAGACGAACAUGGCCGGGAGUUCAUGCUUCAGCGAACCAAGCUUCUCCUGGGUACGGGACUGAAAGCAAAAACAAAUGCAGCAGGCCGAGCAGCCACCAAUGGCAUUAAUUCGAGCGGAAGCAAUAGCCGUGAUGGGACCGCUACGCCAGACAGACGAGACCCGGACGAUCUAGGAAGCCGAGGUGGAGUCCUUACAACAGGCGAUCUCAAAGCCGUCGUAAUGGGCGUCAGCUCCGCCAAAGAAUUCCGCAAACUAGGCGAAAGCAUCAUAUCGCUUCCCGCCGAAGAGGAAAGCAAAAAUACCGCCACUACCACCACGGAUCCGGAAGCCGAGACCAAGGAGGGAAAGAAGAUCGGUCUGGACUUCGACGUAGACUGGCUCACAUACACUCCCGACGAAGCAUCCAAACUACAAAAGAUCCGCAAGCAACGGGACGACCUUCUCCAUCGCAAAGAGAUGCUCCGCGCCCGAAACACAUUCAUGACACUGGUGCGCCAGCGAUCCAAGAGUAUUUUGGAGCAUCUAAAACAAACCGACCCAAAGGGUGGUUGGAAAGACAUCUGCGGGUUCGACAGCAGACUCGCAUGGUCGGACGAAGAAUUCGACGAAUGGCGGUUAUCCGAAAUCGGCGCGAAAGCACUCGAGGAUGGCUCGCCCGAAGCCCUGGCAUCAAGUUAUCCCGAAGCUGCUACGGACGCCGACGGCGACACCGCCAUGGAUGACGACAACGAAGACGACUUCGAGAAACUCUCACGUGGAGUCUGUACUAAGAAGCGUUGUGAGAGGCAUAAACAAUGGCUCAAGGUCCAACAGCAAGAUGCUGUAUUCGAGGAAAAUACCCUCGCUUUGGAUCUUAGCAAAUGCGAAAAAGAAGCGAAGAAUGUCGUUGAGAGGGCCGUUCUUAGGAUGUGGGCCGAAUCAGACAAUGCGCAAAUUGGUGGCCAGUGAUGUAAUAUUACUACGGCAGGCAUCAAACCAGCGUGGCUUGUCUUUCGUCCCAGCAUUCCCCUCUCAUACAUUACAUACAGACGCUUCCUAUCUCUCCUUUGUCGCGUUUGACAAUUGACUUGAUUUGGUUGAUACCCCCAUUCAUAAUGAUCAUCAUUAUUAUUUAUUUAUCUGGAGAAAAAAGCAUCAUUCACAACUGGAGUUAGUCAGCGCGGAAAGGCAAUUUUGGUCUGCUAAGGGGGAAAAGUUGGAACUGGUGCAUAUUAUUUGCAUGAUAGACGGUGUCAAGGGUUCAUGUUUGUUUGAGAUUUCCAAGUGGAAUGAAAUAUUCAAACGGAGUAAGCAGGAAAUUCUACUAUCUACAUAGGUCGCAAUCGCAAUAUCAUACAUCAGGGCAUGCACGCCCUGCAGCGCAUAGCAACUAUC